GCACCCCCCAGGAGUCUCUCUGAAUAGCACCUGGAGGUCCCCCCUCUUCGAAGGAGCAACCGAUCUGCAGCGUGGAUGCUGCAGACUGGGGAGGAGGAGGUGCGGAAAAAGCAGAUGAGGAGGACGAGGAGAGCGCUGUUGUUCCGUCAAAACUCCAGUCUUGUCUGGCUCCGUCAGUGUAUUGUUGAAAACGGGAGCGCCGGGCUGCAUUCCGCUGAAGUUGCUGCCCCAUCCAUCACCCAAAAACCUGUCAGCAAAAAACAUAUAUAAAUUAAAAAAAAAAAAAAACCUUUUUGGGAUUGUUUGAUUUUAUGAAAAGCGAGGGAUAAGAAGGUGAAACUGCGAGUGUCCGAGCGAGCGAAUGGAGAAGCACAAAGUGCUGGACCAGCUCCUGAUGGAGCUCCACCGCUUCCUGCUCAUCCUGGACAAGGAGACCCUGAGUGGGAACGCCACCAUCCAGAAGGGCUUGCUCUCUGAUCUCCUCCAGUCCUACAGAACCUCCAAUGGUGCUGAUGAGGAGUAUAUCUACAUGAAUAAAGUGAUUGUUACCGGGAAGGACAAAGACAACAAAGAUGACAGAUCAGAUGCCCUGCUCAAUGGAAAAGCAGGAAAAUGUUUCCCCGUCCCACAGAAGAGCCUUCCUGACCUGCCGCCCCCCAGAACAAGUGUGGUGGGUCGGGAGCCGUUCCCCUUACCUGCAAUUCCUUCUCCAGCCUGUAUAGACACUUCAGAGAGUUACUAUGAGGAGGCGCAGCCCUAUGAGGAAACUGUCAAUGAUGAUGGGGAGGUAGUUAGCAGUUCAUACGAGUCCUACGAUGAAGAGGAAGUGACCAGAGGAAAAUCGCCGUCAGCGCAGCACCAGUGGCCAUCAGCAGAUUCAUCCAUUGAGCUGAUGAAGGACGCACGAAUCUGCGCCUUCCUGUGGAGGAAGAAGUGGCUCGGCCAGUGGGCCAAACAGCUGUGUGUCAUCAAAGACCAUCGCCUGCUGUGCUAUAAGAGCUCCAAGGAGCAGACACCCCUGCUGGAUGUGAGUCUGCUGGGCUGCAGUGUGGUCUACAAAGAGAAGCAGCUGAAGAGAAAAGAGCACAAGCUGAAGAUCACUCCUGUGGGGGGGGAGGCCAUCGUGCUGGGCCUGCAGAGCAGGGAGCAGACAGAGCAGUGGCUGAAGGUGAUUCAGGAGAUCAGUCCCAAGCCAGCUGAAAACUGUGACCCCCAGCACUCUGCGUCUGACUCCCCGAGGCUCAUCUGUACUAAGGGAGAGCUGAGCGAGAGACAUUCAGUGGCCUCAGAGAGCGGCAGCAGCACUGACAGUCACGCUGAAACCCCUGAAAACAAAGAUGUGAAGAAGAAAUACGGUGCGGGUUUGAAGUUCAGCAACCUCAUGAACAUUGGCAAGAAAAAACCCUCCUCAUUAGAGAGCCCAGAGAAAUGUGUCGACACCUCAGGCUACCUCAACGUGCUGGUGAACAGCCAAUGGCGGACCUGCUGGUGUCUCAUCAAGAACGGUCAGCUAUGGUUUUACCAGGACAAGGGCAAAAACAAAGUGAGCCAGCCAGCUGUAACCCUUGAAGGCUGCAGCAUUUUGCCUGACCCCAGCCCUGAGCACCUGUACUCCUUCAGGAUUCACAUGGAUGGCACAGAGGUGGCAACCCUCGAGGCUAAGACAUCAGCAGACAUGGGUCACUGGCUGGGCCUCUUGCUGUCACAAACAGGGACAAAGACGGAUCCAGAGGAGCUGACGUACGACUACGUCAACGCUGAGAGGAUCUCCAGCAUCGUCAAUGCUGCCAAGACUUCCUUAUACUUAAUGCAGAGGAGGUAUUCAGAGCCAAACACCUACAUAGACACCCUACCUGCCAUCCCUCACCACUCUGAGGACCUGUAUGAUGAUGUGGCGUCUAUAGCUGAUCCAGAGGAUGCUGAAGAGAGCGGCCUGCCAGACAGCGAGGACAACAACCUUCAGGAACGUAAUGAAACAUGCGCACAGGAUGCCAAGAACUCGGAGGGAGGAGAGCAGGACGCUGACAACAGGGUUUACCUGGACCUAGUUCCUGUGCGCUCCUUCCUCCAUACAUCCAGUGGUAAAUCCAGCCCUCCCAAAGAAAUUUCUAGAUAUUCCCCAGUCCCAGUAGAGGACCAGAAGGACUCCUCAUGCCAAGUUAAAGAAGUCAGCUCAACUAACCCUUCUGAGCCAGAGCCAACACCUGUGUCAAAUGAAACAAGUUUGACCUCUGCCACCAGCAAACGAGAACCAGUGUGUCCCCCGACUUCUACGCCACAGCAGUCACAAACUCAGCCACUCAAAACCACAUCCCAGAGCCAGGAAACGAAUAAGAGGAUGAGUCUUGGAAUCGCACAGGCCUUAAACUCUGCCGGGGGACAGACCCAGAAAGGGUCAACAGUUCACACAGGUGCUGGGUUCCCCCACAGUCCUCAACCCCUACGGCCCAAGGCACAUACCAUAGGGUGUUCUAGUGCAGUUGAAGUGAAACUGGGCAAAAACCGCACGGAGGCAGACAUGCGCCGCUACACAGACGAGCGCGACCGCCUGGAGAAGGAAAGGGAGGAGAUGAGGAGCAGUCUGGCAAAGCUGAAGAAGGAGAAAAGAGAAAUCAAAGAGGAGCACGGUGCCUGCCAAGAUCCCAAGCAGCAGGCCUCACUAGAGGCCCUUUUGAAGCAGAAGGAAGAGGCGUGUCGGGAGGCGGAGCAACGCAGGGUUGAGGUGGAGCUUCGGUUGGUAGAAGUGAAGGAAAGUCUGAAGAAGGUGGAGUCAGGUCCUUUCACACUGGGAACCACACUGGACAGCAGCCUCCAGGACACAACCACGCCUAAAGCAGCAACCCUGCCUGCUCUAUCAUCAUCAUCAUCAUCAUCAUCAUCCCAACCCUCGAACAGCAACGUCAGUGCAGACCCAGUCAACUCUGCCUCUGUGCUAAAGAACAGACCCUCCUCCAUCAUGACCACCAAAGGCAACGUCCUGCAGAAAGCAAAAGAGUGGGAGAAGAAAUCCACCACCUAGGAGGAAAACAUAAUGCCCCACAUCCACGAGUUUCACUGGGUCUGGUCGGCUCUCUGCGACUUGUCCUACUUUAGCAAGGAACUGCCAAGUUAACAAACCAGACCAGUUAAAUCAACAUCCUCCCUUCUCUGGACCCUGCAUCCUCAUCACCUCCUUGCCAAGACUAUAAACAUUGCAAACAGCCAAAUAUUUGAAACCACUGAAGUCUGAGACAGAAAGACACCCCUGUACUAAAUUGGCCUUUUUGUACACUUUUCGUUACUUGGUUCAUAUAUGCUGGUAGCCAAGAUGUAAAUAUAUUUACACCAUUAUUCAGCCUUUUGGCUUGCAUUGCUAGCUAGAAAUGCACUUUUUAUUCAAAUA